GGACUUACAGCCUACUUUGCCCUAACCAUCUACGGUCUGGUCUACGACUGUUGUCAUCUCACUUGAGCCUCCCGCUGGCGCGCUUUGACCCCUCAUCGCACGAUAUACGACCACCUCCCCCCCGCGAGCCGUGAGCGAUCCUCUGAUCUGAUAUAACACCGCUCCUCCAAAGUCCCAAUCCUGAUUACGAUUUUUACAUACCCCUCUUUGACUGCUUCGCACUUGAACCUCCCACCAUGACAAACUUCUUCUCUCCCGAGCCAGAAGUGGCCCUCAUGGGACCGGACGACACCAUGGGCCAUUUGUUUCCUUCGAGUUCAUGCCAGUCGCCUCCUAGCAUCAUGUAUUCGCCACCGCUACACCAAAUGACACACCGACCACCAACGACGCAAUUUGGAACUGGCCAGAUUUACCCGCCAGCGCACGACUACAGACCGGUGGUGAGCUCGCCAUACCCGCCGCAUUCGUUCUGGACAUCGCAGCCCUCGCCGAUGCCUCCGACUCAUGUAACCUACUCUACCUACCCGCCCCUCUCUGCGAUGAGCUCUGCACAAGUCCUGGCGCCUGAUCCGGCGUUGCUUGCUCAUUCCAUCGGCGGGACUCGACCCUCGAGGUCGCACUCAGCCUCCUCGUCUUUGGGCAUUCCCUCUAGUGGCGCUGCUGAUCGAUCGCCGCCUUCGUUGUCGCGAUCCUUAUCACCAAGCUCUCCAGAUCUCCGGGCUUAUGGGUUUCCCAAUAAGAAUGGCACCUGGAGUUGCGCUUAUCCCGGUUGCACGUCAAGGGCAGUCUUUACACGGGGUUGCGACCUUAGGAAACACCACAAGCGGCACACAAAGUCUUUCUUUUGCCGUCAUGAAGGGUGUCCACAGGCAACUGGUGGAGGCUUCUCUAGUAAGAAGGAUCUCGCGAGGCAUGAAGCAAAGCACAACCCGGGCGUUCUGUGCGACUGGGAAGGUUGCGACAGAGUGUUUAGCCGAGUAGACAACAUGCGAGACCACGUAAAGAGAAUACACCUGAAAGCAUCACGGAACGGGUCGGCUUCGAAGUCGGCAUCCUCGUCGUAACGUAGCUCGAGUAUUCGUUUCGAGCGCGCAAGUGCCGGUCGAAAUGGCUGGGGGUAUGCGCUCCCGGCGUACGACGAGGCCCGACGGCAUCGAACCGACCACAUCACUCUAUUGUCGGACCUCUUCGGCGGCCGAGGCAAUUCGGCCUACGACAUCUGGGAAAACAGAGAUCACUCGGUGUACAGAUAGCUUCGCCAAACCAUUUCCUCUUCAGCCGUCGUUUACGAUACCCAACUCUCGCGUUUUGUAGACUUUCGCUUCAAAGAUCCCCGCAG